AUGUACCAAUACAGAAAAGAGGAAUCUGGUGGCUCGGAGACGCAACAACGCGGUAGAAGGUGGAGGGAGGCAUUGGAUGAGCUGUCCUCCGAUAACUUGCCGGCCAACUCGGCUCGGGUGGUUGUUCACGGGCUGGGUGAAUACUCAGGCAGUGACUCACUCGUAGCUGCACUCCUCACAGACCCGUUUGCACCCCAUGACGAAGCGCUGUGCACUCCGGGCCCAAGGACGUUCGCAUUCUCUAUCCCCGUCGAGGUGUCGGUCCUUGCUAAGGAUGACCCUCUUGGCGCCACAAAACUCGCUCUCGCUGAUGUUCCCAUCCUCGUCACCAACCCGUUGGUCACCUCAAUCUCUGAUGUCCUCAACGACCCCGAUCUCCAACCCAUGCUGCAACACCAGCACGCCAUCUUGGUUAUUUUAGGCACGGUUGCCAAAGACGAGCUGCGCGACAACAUCACCAACCGGAUUACGUCCAAGACGUCUGUAAAGAAGGAGCGAAUCCUUUUCGUCGACCCAUCACGGGCGCUCGCUGCGGUGGACGCCCUAAGGUCCGACCCAUCUUCGUCUCUGGCUGUCCAGAGGUAUCAGGACGACUACAUCGCAUCUCACGUUUCUACAGUCACCGAUGCCGUCUCACGAUCCCUCGGCUCGGCGCUGGAACCUGCUCAGACUCCUUCGCUACGUCAACUUCGCGCGCGCGCUGUUCUGGCGGAGGCAGAGGACGAGAUUCGCUCCGUUCACGCCCAGUGCUCGGAGCUCGAGGGCGAGGUUGAGCUUGUGAUUGCCAAAUCUCAGCACGACACUCUCGGCUCCUCUGACAUCGAGGCUGAUGAGGCCAGCAGAGCUUGGAACCCCCUCAUGAAAACCUUCAAAGAUGGAGACACGCAACUCCAAGAACUACUACGCAGUAUCACGUGGUGGAAGCUCCCGGUGCAAUCAGAUGGAGUAGCGACUACCGUCAGCUUGUGUUUCAAGCGCCCUUGGUUCCGAGAGGUCGAGAAGCAUCUGCUGCUUCAGACCGGCCGCCUCAGUGCCAUCCAAGAGGCCCAGGACCGUGAGACGCAGCGUAGAUUAGCCCGCUUCAAGAAAACAUCUCCAUUUCAUUCGCCCGUCCUCGAGAAUUCCAUAGCGCAGACCAUUAAGUCACCUUCGCAUCCGGUGACGACAAACGCCCUUCUGGAACCAUUCAAUCAUAGACACGCCCAAGUCAUGUGGAACAACGGUCGAUUACACUCCGAGGGUCAGAAGGUCGUCGUGGGCUCUGGGACAGGCUUGGUGACGGGCGCUGCGGUGACGUAUGCCGGAUGGGCAGGCUGGCUAAGCUCAGGUCUCCUGGGCAGCUUCAGCGGGCUGGAAGCAGAGAGCGCCAGCGUCCUGGGCGUGGUCGUGACGCUGUCCAGCUUCCGUUGGGCUGUGGGCAAGUGGGAGAAAGCGAAGAGCAGAUGGUGGGAGGACUGGCAAAGGGUGAAAGAGACGCUAAUACGGGACAUACAUACGACGAUAAGCAACGCGAUACGUCAACAGGUUUUUGCCGCACCAAUGCAAGCCCGCGAGGCGCUCUUAGCCUUAUCUUCCCGAAGAUCUCAGGAAAUAGAGGAACUGGUGGAAGAAAUUGAGAUUCUGUCCAAGGAGUGUGAUGACGCACAGAAAUAGGUAUUGCCAACGCAUGCGCAUACAUUGUAUCCUGGGUCGGACAGCCUACCGUGCAAGCAUUUCUGCAGUCUAUUUCUUAAUAUGAGCGUUGAAUGC